GAGUCCAGACUUGUAAUGCGCCUGUUUGUCUCGCGUCUUGGCAGCCGCCGGUUGCGGUACAGGGGGAGAGCGACAGGACUGAUAAAAAGCGCGUCUGCCCGGAGGGGUGGAGAGGAGGGCAGAGACAGGCAGAGGGCAGGACUGGCAGGGUGCGGCUGCUUCAGUAGCAUCUGAGCUCGGGUCACUUCCAUUUCCAUCUCGACUGAGAGCCGCGCGCCACAGCGCAGUAGUCAAACAGCCGAGCCGGGAGCCAGAAACCGCUGCGGGACGCGCGCUCUGACCGCGGCUCUGCGCAACCAGGAUCCGCCUGCAGACGAUUCUAAACGCGCAUGCCAAGAUAAACGGAACUUCUCUAUUUAUUCCCCCUGUCUCCGCUUGGACUGAGAGAAAGCGAGUUUUACAGACCUGAGAGGAGGACCGAGGAGCUGGCACCAGCCUCGCCGUCUGAGGAACCCUAGGUUUGCCGGGGUGUCUUUCCGUGCGUAAAAGGAUGGUGAGCGCCAGGUGUCCUAAUAGACUGGUCCUCCUCCCCCUCCGGUGAUCUUGCGCGGGGACUGAAGCUGAGAUUGGGGGGAGGAGGGUCGCUUUACCAUCAUCUUCAGCAUCUUUGACACUCCAUCUUUUGGAGUGCCCGCUGGCACCGGUUGGCAUGAGACUCUCCACAGCGGCGGCGCUCCUCACCGGCUUCAUCUUGGCUUUCUCGCCGGCGUACGACAGCUGUGGACCGGGCAGAGGUUACGGCAAGAGACGGACUCCGAGGAAACUCACGCCUCUCGCCUAUAAGCAGUUCAGUCCAAACGUUGCCGAAAAAACGCUGGGAGCCAGUGGGAGAUAUGAGGGGAAGAUAACCCGCAACUCCGAGCGCUUUAAAGAGCUCACGCCCAACUACAACCCAGACAUCAUCUUCAAGGAUGAGGAGAACACAGGUGCGGACCGCAUGAUGACGCAGCGCUGUAAGGAUAAGCUGAACUCCCUGGCCAUCUCCGUGAUGAACCUGUGGCCUGGUGUGCGUCUGCGUGUGACCGAGGGCUGGGAUGAAGACGGCCAUCACUCUGAAGAGUCUCUGCAUUAUGAGGGCAGGGCGGUUGACAUCACUACCUCGGACCGCGACCGGAACAAGUACGCCAUGCUGGCCCGUCUGGCAGUGGAAGCCGGCUUCGACUGGGUCUACUACGAAUCCAAAGGCCAUAUACACUGCAGUGUCAAAUCAGAGCACUCGGUAGCAGCAAAGACGGGUGGCUGUUUUCCUGGAGGGGCUCUGGUGACGAUGGAGGAUGGCACACAUAGACCAAUCCGAGACCUAAGAGCAGGAGACCUUGUUCUGGCCUCGAUGGGAAGUGACGGGACUGGGGAGCUCGUCUACAGCAAAGUCCUUGCCUUCCUGGACCGUAGCCCAAUAACUCAGAAGCACUUUUAUGUGAUCAGCACUGAGGAUGGGGUCAGUGUCUCCUUAACGCCAGCUCAUUUACUGUUUGUCUGGGUUGGAAACUGCUCCAGCGGGGACCAGCCAAAGCUUGGAUCCCUCCGGACGAUAUUUGCCAGUGAUGCCCAGCCAGGGCAGAGUUUGCUGAUCGUCACUGAAGGAGAUCUCAGGAAGCGUGUUUCACGGAUCGCUCAAGUGGAGGUGCGGGAGGACCGGGGUGCUUACGCCCCACUCACUGCCCAUGGGACUUUGGUGGUGAAUGGAGUGAUGACCUCAUGCUACGCUGCGGUGAAUGAACCACAGCUAGCGCACUGGGCAUUUGCACCUCUACGCCUGUUGUACAGCUGGACCGGACCGGAUCGGAUCCUUAAGAACGGCUUACACUGGUACUCUCAGGUCCUACUCCGUGUGGGAACACUACUGCUAGACUCAGAACUCUUUCACCCGUCGGCCUUAGAAGAUCACCAAAGAUGAUGAAUUGAAAAUUAACUUUGAGAUGAGUGAGUGGCGGGAAAUGAUUGAAUGCUUAGGGUUUAUGACUUAAAGGGAUAGUUCACCCAAAAAUGAUUCUCAUUAAUUACAUGAAUUACUCACCCUCAUGUCGUUCCAAACCUGUAAGACCUUCAUUCAUCUUUGGAACACAAAUUAAGAUAUCUUUAAUGAAAUCCAAGAGGUUUCUGACCUUGCAUAGAUAACAACACAACUACUACAUUUAAUGCCUAGGAAGGUAGUUAGGACAUUGUUAAAAUAGUCCAUGUUUAGUCCGUCAGACACAGGAGCCAUUAUUCUGACGUAGAACGUUCAUUGUCUUUAUAUUCUGGUUAGAAUAAGUAAGGCUGAGCAAAAAAUGCAAUGUCACCCUCUCCGUGAAAAUCUUCAGACAUGUCUAUGAAGACUGAUGUUUAACGUGCAUCUUCCUCAGCUUGCAAACAAGGUGCAGCUCAUCCGGGUUCUUCUACGUCAAUAGCAUCUCACGCAUGCGUCAUGGUAGUCUCCUGAACAUGCAUCGAAAGACAAGUUGUUGAAUAAAGGCAUUAUUUAUGUUUUCUUUGCACACAAAAAGUAUUCUCAUAGCUUUAUAAAAUUAAGGUUGAACCACUGAUGUCACAUGGACAUUUUAAUGACGUUCUUACUACCUUUCUGGGCCUUAAAUGUGGUAGCUCCAUUGCUGUAUGUGGAGGGUCAGAAAGCUCUCGGAUUUCAUCAAAAAUAUCUUCAUUUGUGUUUUGAGGAUGAACAAAUGUCUUACGGGUUUGGAACGAUGUGAGGGUGAAUAAUUAAUGACUGAAUUUUCAUUUUUGGGUGAACUGCUAUGUUAGGCAAAUGUGUACCAAAAGCAGACUUUUUAAUGACUAAAGGUGAAGAGUGUCAUUUCUGAACAACAAGCGACACCAAGCAGAAUUGCAAAAAUAAUUUUUAAUGCCCUCAUAUGUAAAACCCCAAACACAUGCCAUGGACCCUUUUCCAAAUUUCCAGGGUUCUCAGGAACGGAAACCAUAAACUUCUAUGAAGUGCUGCAAGGAUGACAUGUUUUUUAGCUUAUUUUCUUAAUUAAUCCAAAAGUCAGUGGAAAAAAACCUAUUGGCUUUUUGUUGAGGGAACCAGCGUGACGUGAACUUUAAGGUUGUCCUACAAAACUACGUCAUCACUGCAGCGCUCUACACACUUACAAUGAUAAUAACUGCAUUUCUUGUAGUUGUAUAAGCUCAAAUAAAAAUUUCACAUUAAAAAAAUUCCACACAUAACCUUUAACGGCAAAAAAAGUACAGAUUACAAACUGACCUCUUGUCUUGCUUCUUACAGAAAUUGUGAGAGACCAAACAUUGUCUGUGCCUUAUAUUUGUUCACUGUUCCAGUAAUCCAGUCUCUUUCCUCAUUAGAUUGUCAUUAGUCUUAAGAUAGUCUGUUAAACUAUUUUAAAAAUGUUAUUUCAAAAAAAUUGCUUUUUGAUAUCAUUAAGGUUAUAUAAGGUAUUCGGGUAAAGUAUUUAAAAUCUAUUUUUGAAAUUAAACUUUAUACAAAUUAUUUAUUUUGUCUCAUAUUUGCUCUUUGAUGGCUAUGACAAUUGUAUUAAUUAUUUUUGUCAUCUGUUUGAUGUUUUGUCCGUGUCAAUGGUCCUCAGCCUUUUUGACUCCAAAUACCCCAUUUGUCCAAGACAAUAUUGGAAGACGCUGCUGUCUAAGCUGAUUUUUUCCUCUUUAUCUGUUGUAAUAAAAACUGGUUUAAAAACA